AUGGCAGCUUCCCUCACCAAUGGCAAUGGCUCCUCAAAGUCCUUUCCAAUUGACAUAGACAAGUCACGAGAGCUUGUCAACAGCCGCAUCGAUAGCCUCAGCGAUGAGCUCCGCGAAAAGAUCAACAAAGUCAUCCACGCCAACCCAGAGCUGGGCUACAAGGAGGUCAUUGCCCACGACACCCUCACCUCGUACCUCGAGAACCUCGGUUUCGCCGUGAAGCGCAGCACAUAUGGCCUCGAGACGAGCUUCGAGGCCACUCUUGGCGAGGGUGGCCGCCAGGUAGUCAUCUGUGCCGAGUACGACAGUUUGCCUGGCAUAGGUCAUGCGUGCGGGCACAACCUCAUCGCGACGUCUUCCAUGGCGGCUUUCCUGGGCGCGUCACACGCCAUGACGACGCUCGGUGUCCCUGGCCGCCUCCGUAUUCUCGGCACCCCAGCCGAAGAGGGCGGUGGCGGCAAGGCCGUUCUCAUUGACAACGGGGCCUUCGACCCGCGAGAUGAUGUUGCUGCCGCCAUCAUGGCACACCCAUUGGCACAGCAUUCUCUGCCCGGUGCGGCGUCUGGUCACACCGGACUUGCAGGUCUCUUGCUACUUGCCAGCUUCAAGUUUCAGGUCGAGUUUCGAGGCCAGACGGCUCACGCCGCCGGAGAACCUUGGAAUGGCACAAACGCCUUGGAUGCAGCAGUGGCAGCGUACACCAACAUGUCAAUCCUCCGGCAGCAGAUUCGUCCUGAUGAGCGCAUCCACGCCAUUAUAUCUGAGGGUGGCGUUGCGUCAAACGUCAUACCCGACUUUACGAGCAUGAGCUCGGCUGUCAGGGCCCCGACGAUGGCUCGCGCCGAGAAGCUAUUUGAGCGGGUCAAGCGAUGCAUCGAAGCGGCCGCGCUGGCCACUGGCUGCACGCAUAAGAUCAUCAUGACGCCAACGUACGCCAGCCUCAGGGCCAACGAUGCGCUGUGUCGCUCGUACGCAGAGGACAUGGGCCAGAUUGGCGAAAAGGUGCAAGUCCACCAAGACAGCCCCUUCACUGCAUCAACGGACAUGGGCAAUGUCUCGCAGAUUGUACCUAGCUUUCACGGCGCAUUCGGGGUUCCUACAGCACCAAAUGUAGCCAUACAUAGCCCCCAGUUCACGGAAGCGGCAGCCACGGAUGAGGCGCACGGGGCUGCCAUUCGUGCCGGCAAGGGUAUGGCCAUGCUAGCGCUGCGGGUCCUCGCGAAUGGCAACCUGGCCGAUGCAGCCAGGAGGGACUUUGAGAAGCCAGACGAGAUCUAG